AUGUCAAAUACGAUAAUAAUCCGGCUUAUUGUGACGAUAGCGACAGUGAGUUUAGUGCACGGUUUUGCAUUACCUUUCGAAGGAUUGUAUGAAUUGGAUAUAAUACAUUAUAAUGACUUUCACGCAAGGUUUGAAGAAACAUCAGUAGAGACACCGACGUGUCGCUUCAACAAUGGUUCCUGCUUGGGCGGGUUUCCGCGGCUUUACGGCGAGAUUAUGGAGUUGAGACGCCAGAAGCCGAAAUCAUUACUUCUUAAUGCUGGCGACAGUUUCCAAGGAACCUAUUGGUACACUCUGCUCAAAUGGAACAUCACGCAAGAGUUUAUGAAUUUGCUACCACAUGAUGCUCAUGCAGUUGGCAAUCACGAAUUUGACGACGGCCCUAAAGGACUGGCACAUUAUUUCGCGGCUCUCAAAGCACCAGUUGUAGCCGCUAACAUGGACGCCAGCAAGGAACCGUCACUACAGGGACUAUUUAAGCCCCAUGUUAUUGUGAAUUGUGACGGUAGAAAGAUCGGCAUCAUUGGAUUGAUCACUACGGAUACUAAAACAUUAUCGUCGCCAGGUAACGUCGUGUUCACCGAUCCAAUGGAGGCGACAGAACGCGAAGCUGAAGCUUUGACUGAAAAGGGAGUCGAUAUCAUAAUUGUUCUUUCACACUGUGGGCUUGAAAUUGACAAACAGAUAGCGCGAAAACACGGCAAGCACAUCGACAUCAUAGUUGGAGGUCACUCACAUUCUCUGUUAUGGAAUGGUGAUUCCCCUAGUGGGGAGGAAGUCGCCGGGCCGUACCCCGUUUUUAUUGAAACCAGCGACGAUAAGGAACACAAGGUGGUGAUAGUGCAAGCGUCAGCGUUCACGAAGUACAUGGGCAAUCUGACCGUGUACUUCGAUUACCUAGGUCGUUAUGUCAAAUGGGAGGGUGGACCAAUCUUCCUAAACCGGUCGAUUCCUGAAGAUCCUAAAAUUAAGCAAAAGCUAGCACCAUACGCAAAAAUUGUUCAUAAAGCUGAAAACGUACCAGUAGGACAGUCAGUUACAACACUACGGUUUGAAGAUUGCGUAUUCGGCGAAUGCGCACUCGGCGAUUUAUUAGUUGAUGUGUUUAAUGAUUAUGCAAAAGCAAAAGUGACAACAGAAAAUAGUCAUUUGGCAUUCAUACAACGCGGCAACAUAAAAUCAUCAAUACCCAGUGGACAAAUAACAAAAGGAACUAUUUUUGAAUUGCUUCCAUUUAACGACCGCAUAGAAACUUUCGAAUUACAAGGAAAGUACGUUCGUGAGGCUCUUGAGAGAAGCGUGAGUGAUGCUUGGGCAUAUUCACCAUUUAAAGGCCCUUGGGUUCUACAAGUUUCAGGUCUACAAGUGAAAUAUAAUAUUUCGCAACCCGAAGGGCAACGUGUUAUAGAAGUCAAUGUUGGUAGUUCGGAGUCCAACACAGCGUUAAAUGAUGAACAGUUUUACCAGGUCACUGCGCCGGGUUAUUUAGCUGAUGGAGGAGAUGGUUUCCAGAUGUUUAAAAACGGAAAAACCAAUGUCAAAAUCAUCGGUCGAGAUGAGCAAAUAUUAGAGUUGUACUUAAAGGAAAAUUCACCUAUAAAUGUCACCACUGACGGAAGAAUUGAGAUUAAACAGUGA